GCUUACACUGCUUAAAAACAUUUGUUUUGGAUUGUUCUUUUUUCCUUCUUUCUCUGACAGGUUUUUUUAAAUUAAAAAACACUAUAAAUGAAUGCAAAAAAUGAAACCCAAGUAACACAGUUCAUCUUCUCAGGACUCACAGAUUAUCCACAAUUGCAAGUAGUUCUGUUUGCCCUGUUCUUGAUUAUUUACAUCAUCACACUGAGUGCAAAUAUAGGGAUGAUCCUAUUGAUCAAAAUUGAUCCCCAGCUGAAUACUCCAAUGUACUUCUUUCUCAGCCAUUUGUCUUUCCUGGAUGCCGGCUAUUCUUCCACUGUUACUCCUAAAGCAAUGGCAGGCUUUUUUGCCAAAAAGAAAAGCAUUUCCUUGAUUGAGUGUGCUAUUCAGUUUUACAUGUUUGAUGGUUUGGUGAUGACUGAAUUAUUCUUAUUGUCUGUCAUGGCAUAUGACCGUUAUGUAGCCAUCUGCAACCCACUGCUUUAUUCUGUUGUUAUGUCAAAGAAGUUGUGCACCGUAUUAGUGACCAGUGUGUAUAUCUAUGGCUUUGUGAGCUCAGUGGUUCAAACAGCAUUAACUUUUACACUCUCUUUCUGCUCAUCAAACAUGAUUGAUCAUUUCUACUGCAAUGACCCUCCACUGUUAGCCUUGUCCUGUUCUGACAAACGACCUAAAGAAAUCCAGCUUUUAGUCUUGUCUGGUAUCAAUUUAAGUAGUUCUCUCUUUACAAUCAUUGUCUCUUAUGUCUACAUUCUGUGCACCAUCUUUGGAAAACACUCUUCUGGGAGAAGGAACAGAGCUUUCUCCACCUGUGCCUCCCACCUGACUGCCGUCAUCAUAUUCUAUGGCACUCUCUUCUUCAUGUACCUGAAGCCAAGCUCCACCCACUCCCUCAGUUAUGACAAAGUGGUGUCAGUUUUUUAUGCUGUUGUUAUCCCCAUGUUGAACCCCCUUAUCUAUAGCUUGAGAAACAAAGAAGUGAAGGAAGCCUUGAAAAAGGUGAUGGGGAGGAAAUGUUUUUUAACAGUGAGAUGCCUUGCUAACAAUGCUUGACCUUGACAUAUCCAAUAAUGGGCACAUGGGCCAAAUAUUCAAGAGAAAAAUAAGCCACAAGAAAACUGUACAAUUUCGUAGUGUGAAAAACUGUCCAUUUCAAAUGCAAUGUGCUCAUUCUUCAUAAGAAAGGCAAUCUGGCCUCAAUUGCUUCACUCUGUGGUUAGCUGUGAAAAAUUUCUUUAACAGCCCAUGUUCUGUGCAUAUUUGCCACAGCUCAGAAACCCUUUGCAUCAUAAAAUAAUAAGUCUAACAUAAGAGGAAACCCUGAAGAGAAACUAACAUCUCUAGUCCUUGUGAGAUGAAUGGGUAGGCCAUUGACUUGCUACUGGUCUAAGAAUCAUGAAGUGCUGAAGUAGCCAUAACUAAGAACCUGUGGUUGCUGCAUCUGCUAAGCCACAAUCAAGAAAGAAGUCCCUGUGAUCUUCAUUCAAAUGUUUCGUGAUAGAGCUGGAAUGAAGCAAAGUUCAUUCAGGUACUUGAAUGCUGACAAGAUGGAACAAGUGUUUGUAGCCAUUAAUUUCAGUGGCUUCUGCUUGAUCACAUAGCUACUUCUAGAAUUAACAGCUUUGCAUUUCAAUAGCCCUAUCAGAUACUGCAUGGAACCUCUCCCCUUCAGCCACUGUGAUGUGGCACUAACCUUUUCUAACUGCUGCCUCUUCUUAUCAACUAUUAAUAUUCCAGUCUCUGAAAUUAAGGGAAGGUAAACUGUAAAGCAGCUGAAAUGGAAUUGCAAGCUCACAAUUAAUUUGUACUAUUGAAAUGCAGAGACUCUGAAGAAAAAUAAAUUCAAUUGUUUUAUUUGCAAUCAGGAUGAAACUUCUUUAGAUUAAGUUGACCCCUAACAUGGUUCUUGGUAUUUGCUAAAUAGCUGGUUUUUCUAAAUAUUGUAUAAGAAUUCUGAUUCAAGAAUGAUCAAACUCAGAAGAACAGGUCUUGACCCAAAUCAUCAUUGGCAUUAUUGUAUAUAAAAUAAAAAGAGCAUUAAUAAUAUACUGUAUGCUUGGGGUUAUAAGUAGAUCUACAUAUUGUGAAUAGUGACCUUUAAAAUAUGUAAUUUUCAAAUUUUAAAGAAUAUUUAAAACAGACAAGUUCUUAAUGCAGAUUGCAAACAAAAACAUGUCAGAAGGUGCAUGAAGAGAAAGAUGAAUUUAGUACAGUAGGGCACAGAAGCAUUCUUUUUUUUUUUCAACAAUCUUUUUUAUUAAUUUUUUUCCCCAUCAACAUAUGUUAAUUUUUCCAAUCAAACAAGUUGUCUGGUGUUUGCUAAGCUAAUACAUGUUCACUUCCUAAUCCUUCAUUCUUUUCUCUAACCAAGAAUAAAAUAAAUUCCAAAUUUUAUAAUAGUCCGUAUCUCACAGAAGCAUUCUUGGGAGCGUUAAGAUUGGCAAGAAGGUGGACGGAAGGUUUUAUUCCCUUUUGAUAUUGUGUCACUGCUCACACAAACUCAUGUUUUUCGAAGUAUUUUAAGAUUCUCAAAGGAUAUAGGUAGU